AAGGGAAGGAAGGAAGGAAGGAACAGCUGUUUCGACGAGGUAGCAAGUAAAACCUGGGACCCAGGUUUGAGGGAAUCCAUGCUCACCUGCACCAAAUAAAAUCUCCUCGUUUACCAUUUCUUUUUUUUUUUUUCUGCCGCUUCUUGGCUCUGUUUCGAGGGGGGUUUGGUGACCCCAGGAUGGGACUGCUCCAAGUGUGCCCCGCACUCAACCGAUGCAGUGCAUAUCUGUUGCUAUCGGUUCAGUCGAGACGUGUCUCUUUGUGUCUUGAGAAUCUGAAAAUGCAAAGAAAAGAAGAAGAAAAAGAGCAAAUUUUGUGUGCCCUCUUCCCGAGGUCUCCUAUCCGACAAUCCUGCUCUCUCUCUCCCUGAUCCUUCUGCAUUUUCCACUUCGUGGGACAAAUUUGAGCGCCUGCCAUUUUUGGGUUCUAUCUCUUUCUUGUGAGCUUUCUGCUUCUGCUUCUACUUCUUCUUUUUUUUGGAUGCCUAUCCUGAGCAGCUGGUGCUGGAGGAAGCUUCUUUGCGUUUCUUCUGCUCAAAAGUUGAUAGGAACAACGAAGAGGACCACUCAACAACACCCUAUGGAGGCCUCCACAGGGAAUAGGAUGGCUGUGGCUGAAAGCUACGCUUUUGGAAAUUUUCUGGAGACACCCAUGAAAGCAUUUCUAUUGAUCAUGAGAAAUUAGUUGGGCUCAAAGUACAGAAAUAAAAGGAACUGGUGGGAGUUUCAUUCACGUGAUUAUAGUAAAAAAGUUGGGGGGUUGACAGUCCAUGACAUUAUCAGCGAAGCUGUUAUUGUUUUCUUUAGGUCCUCGUGUUCUUCAGUUUUGAUAGAUAAUUGGAUGAAAAUGGAAGCUCAGUCGAAUCAGAAGGCAAUUGAGAGAGUGGUUUCGCAGAAAGCUCUGCAAAUGGGCAGCUCAUUUCCAUGCCAAGUCUGUGUGGUGGGUUUUCUCUGUGGAGUGUGUCUCACCACUCUGUUUCUGGCUGCUCUCACUUCUUUUGGAGCAUUUGGGUUCAGCAGAGUCUCAUUGUCUACAAUUUCAAUGGGGAUUUCUCAGGGGAAUUCAAGCGCAAACAUCAUCAAUAUCUUCACAAGGUCAGAUCAAGAUUUGGAUCUGAAAAGGCCAGAGAGGAAUGUCGAUUCAGUGCCAAGCAAAGAGCAUCAAGACAGAGAGAGAGUCUCUUUGCUUUAUUCAGCUUGGAGUGCUUUAUUAAAAGAACCUGCGGAUGGAAGAGAGCAAUUGCGUAAAUUAGGACUAAGCAGAUCCACAGUACCAUCUGCUCCUCAUUUGGAGGACUGCAAAUCAAGCGCUCAAGUAAAUAAGCGACUCGACAGCUAUGCUGAGAAUGAGAGAUUUCCUCCGUGGACUAGUUGGAAAGGAUUAUUGGAAAUGCAUUCGAAAUCGAUAAAUGAUGAGCAACUGAAGAAAUUCAGGCACCGAGAAAUAUCUGAAGGUUCUUAUCCUCCUUGGAUCACUGGGUCAGAUCAAGAAAACUAUCCUCUCACGAGAAAAGUUCAACGCGACUUAUGGAUCCAUCAGCAUCCUUCAAACUGCAGUGAUCCUAGCGUGAGAUUCCUUGUAGCGGACUGGGAGAGAUUGCCUGGAUUUGGUAUUGGAGCUCAAAUCGCCGGAAUGUGUGGGCUUCUCGCUAUUGCUCUCCGGGAGAAACGGGUCCUCGUCACUGACUACUAUAACAGAGCCGACCAUGAUGAUUGUGAGGGAUCAGCGCGCUCGAGCUGGUCAUGCUACUUCCUCCCUGAAACAUCCCAGGAAUGCCGAGACCGUGCACUUGAACUGAUUGGGAGUCAUGAUGCGUGGAAAAGUGGAAUUGUCAUGGGGAAACAAAAUUACAGUUCGAAGCAAAUAUGGGCUGGCCAAAUACCUAAGUUAUGGGGGGAUCCCUGGACUUACCUGCAGCCGACGACCGAAAUAAAUGGAAGUUUAAUUUCACAUCAUCGCAAAAUGGACAGACGAUGGUGGCGAGCACAGGCGGUCCGCUACUUGAUGAGGUUUCAAACGGAGUACACAUGCGGCUUGAUGAAUGCAGCUCGCCAUGCUGCUUUUGGAGUGGAAGCUGCAAAGAUUGUCGUCACAGGUCUACCCAAAAAAUGGCCACAGGAAGCCGCGGAGAAGCCCGUGUCAGACAUCGAAAAGUUUGUUUGGUCCAAUCACAGACCAUGGAUUCCUCGGCCACUUCUCAGCAUGCAUGUGAGGAUGGGCGAUAAGGCAUGUGAAAUGAAGGUGGUUGGAUUCGAAGAGUACAUUCGCCUUGCCAACCGCAUAAGGAAGCGGUUUCCACACCUUAACAGCAUAUGGCUUUCCACAGAGAUGCAGGAAGUCAUUGAUAAGUCAAAGUCAUAUGUGAGCUGGAACAUCUACUACACGGACGUGAGGCGACAAGUAGGCAACAUCACGAUGGCUGAAUAUGAGGCGAGCCUUGGGAGAGAGACAAGCACGAACUACCCACUCGUGAAUUUCUUGAUGGCGUCGGAUGCCGACUUUUUUAUCGGGGCGCUGGGUUCGACUUGGUGCUUCCUCAUAGACGGCAUGCGAAACACCGGGGGGAAGGUAAUGGCUGGGUAUUUAAGCGUCAACAAAGAUCGAUUCUGGUAGAGAGUACCGAAGCCAUGCAUACGUCAUUGCAUGAUCGCGAUUUUGUGCAUUUCUUCUGUGUUCAUGCAUAAUGUACAUACUUUUCAUGUAUCAGCUCAAUGUACAGAUCAAACAAAGACAUUCAAUGCAUAUCCUCAAUGCAGUGAUUCAUGCUGGUUAAUGUAGA